UGGCUCGGCUGGAUCUGCGUCUCAAUGGCAGGCCAUUUACCCCGUGGCGCCAUGCUGGUGGUCGCAAGGCUGACGCGGAGCUGGCGGCCGAGGUACGCCCGGAGCCCUAUGCAGAUCAGUAACUUCCCGGUACUUCAAAUGCACAAGAGCCAAACAGCAAUGAGAGCCAGUCAGAAGGACUUUGAGAGUGCAGUGAAUCAGAUGAAACUCUUGACGAAAGACCCAGGAAAUGAAAUGAAACUAAAACUUUAUGCAUUGUAUAAGCAGGCCACUGAAGGACCUUGUAAUAUGCCCAAACCAGGUAUGCUUGACUUGAUCAGUAAGGCCAAAUGGGACGCAUGGAGUGCCCUUGGCAGCCUACCCAAGGAAACUGCCAAGCAAAACUAUGUGGAGUUGGUGUCCAGUUUGAGUUCAUCCGCAUCCUCUAGCCAAGGGAAGCCUGAUGCUGACAGUAAACAGCCUGGAUAUGAAACCCUGGUGGUGACCUCGGAAAAUGGCAUCACAAAGAUCAUGUUAAACCGUCCCACCAAAAAAAAUGCAAUCACCACUCAGAUGUAUCAGGAAAUUAUGCUUGCACUUGAAGCAGCGGCCAAGGAUGACUCAGCCAUAACUGUGUUAACAGGAAACGGUGACUAUUACUGUAGCGGGAAUGAUCUGAACAACUUCACUGACAUUCCCCCUGGUGGUGUAGAAGAGAAGGCCAAAAAUAGUGCCAUUUUACUGAGGGAUUUUGUAGGCUGUUUUAUAGAUUUCCCUAAGCCUCUGAUUGCAGUGGUAAAUGGCCCAGCUGUGGGAAUCUCUGUCACCCUUCUUGGGCUAUUUGAUAUCGUGUAUGCUUCCGACAGGGCAACAUUUCAUACUCCUUUUAGUCAUCUGGGCCAAAGUCCUGAAGGAUGCUCCUCUUACAUGUUUCCGAAGAUAAUGGGCUCAGCCAAGGCAGCUGAGAUGCUCAUUUUUGGAAAGAAGUUAACAGCAAGGGAAGCAUGUGCUCAAGGACUUGUUACUGAAGUUUUUCCCGAUAGCACUUUUCAGAAAGAAGUUUGGACCAGGCUGAAAGCAUAUUCAAAGCUUCCCCCAAAUGCCAUGAGAAUUUCAAAGCAGCUUAUCAGAAACGUGGAGAAAGAAAAGCUACAUGCUAUUAAUUCUGAAGAAAGCAGUGUCCUCCAAGGCAGAUGGCUGUCAGACGAAUGCACAAAUGCGAUCAUGAACUUCUUAUCUAGAAAAGCAAAACUGUGAUGACUGUUAAAACCAAGUCAAGUACAUCAAAAGAAGGGGUGUGAUAGUACUUCUGAUUUCUAAUACUUGAACUCAAUAAACUUCCAUUGUGCC